AUUAAGAAAAACAAGCGGCAGAAUUUGAAUUGGGAGCUCGUUGUAACUGUCAGAGGAGACUAGGCCUGCGGUUACUAUCGGCAUCGGCAUCGGCCUCGGCCUCGGGGAGUUAGGCUCGAUACACGGAAUGGUCGAGGCAGCAAUAGUGGUGGCGCUGGCGGAUCCGACGGUACCCGGAGAAGAUCAAGUGGAAAUUAAGGGCAGUCAUGACAGCCCUGAAAAGGAGAAUUUGUUGAAUCCCGGAGCAACCAAAUUUCCGGAAGUUAUUGAGACAACUCACCUCACCUAUUAUGAGCGAUACAGGGCCUACCAGGAUUACAUCUUGGGUGAUAGUAAACCAUCGGAAGUGAAAAAUUUCAUUGCAGAAUACUUGGAGAAGGUCCUCGAACCAUAUGGAUGGCAAGCACUCUGGUCCAAUGAUAUGUUUGAAGUCCUUGUUAAGGUGACCGAUGUGGAGACUUCAAGUCACAAAGCUGUGGUAAAGUUAAGCGAACCAUUCCUUUAUGAGUCUGAAGCAUAUCCUCUUGAUGCAGAAGCAAUGGAAAGUUUUCUCGAGGCAAAAAAGCACUUGGUGCCUUUGCAAGAACUAUAUGUGGUGUCUGAUGAGUCAGGAGAGUUUGAUCAAACUGCUCUUGCCAUUGAACAUCUUCGAUUUUUCUUUCUACACAUCUGGAGAAGCUGGGAUGAAGAUGAUGAAGAUGAUUUUGAUUAUUUUGUCAGAUGUUGUGAACCAAGAUUAAAACUGUACUAUGAUAUUCUUGAAGAUCGUGUACCUGCCGAUCUUGUUGCUGAAUAUAAUCGGCUGUUGUCCCAGUGUGAGGAGACGUAUAAGGAAUUUGUAAAAGUGAGAGAGAAUAUAUCUGGUAGUGAUUCAGCAUCAGAAUCUGAACUGAAUAAUGUUUCCAUGGUGGAAGGAGUUCAACUUUGUGAACAAUUGGAGAAACUUAAGUAUAAACUUCGAGUAAUGGAGACCCCAUUUUAUAGGUAUGUGCUAUGUCAGGAUGGCUUUGGGUUCCCAGCAAAGCAGGCUAAAGGACCUCGUCCCUCAGGUGAAAACGUUAUUCAUGUAGUUUCAAAUUCUGUGACUGUUACUCUGCUGCAGUCUCUGCUGAGGGAGAAACUAAACCCGGACUGUGUGACUCAGGAGCAUGUACUCGAGUUUCACAGUGAUCCACUUCUAGCAGUAAAUGCCUGUUUUGAAGGAGAUGUUGUUGUUAUCUGUCCUGGCCAUUACUAUGUGAAUGGCUACUUCAGCAUAGCUGAUUCCAUUCAAGUAGAAGGAUAUGGGCUUCCUGAUGACAUUGUGCUGGAGAAGGAAGGUAAAGGAGAUGCCUUUGUCGCUUGCACUGCCAAUUGUUUAAAAAUAUCCAAUUUGAAAUUUAUUCAACACGGUGCUACAGAGGGCAUUCUAUGUGUUCGUAAGGGCCAGGCUGUUCUGGAGAAUUGUGUAUUCCAGUGUGACACUACAGGAGUUGUAUUAAGAACAUCAGCAAAAUUGCAUAUGAAAAAUUGUGACCUAUAUGGAGCAAAGGGGGCAGGACUUGAAAUUUAUCCGAGCAGUACAUGUGAGCUUUUUGGCAAUGACAUACAUCACUGCAAGGAGGGAAUACGUAUUAAGAAUUUUAUGGAGGAACUAUACGAUGUACCAAAAAUAACAAUGAUGAACAAUCUGAUUCAUAACCAUGAAGACUACGGCAUCACACUGGCCAAAUUUGCAAUACACAUUCCAAAAAAGAAAAUUCCUUUUGCAAUCACAGCACAAACAGGCGAUACAGAACAAAAAGAGAAUCCACACAACAAUGUCAAUGAAAAUAAUUCAGAAUUAAAUUCUGACUUUUGUGAAAUGCAAAAUGUACCACCUUUAUUAAUUGAGUGUAGUUCUAGCAAAUGUGAACAAGCCGUAGCAUUGAAUCCUUCUGAUGCUGCUGAAUGUGAUGAAGUUAUAACAAGUGAACUAAUUUCCACUUCUGCAACAAAGAGGGAACAGUCCAGGAGCAGACUAAAUGAGAUGCUAGAUGCUGGGGUGAUUGAUGACAUAAUGUCACAAGAAAUGUUUCUAUCCAUUGUGAGUAAUCACUUUAAGAAAAACGGUAAAGGAAGCUUUGGAAUUGUGUACUCCUAACUCCAAUGUAGUAUAUAAACCUUGAUGUGUGAAUUACAUUUGUACAUAUUUUUUGAAGCAACUGUAUAACUUAAUAUUUUUCACCAGCUUAAAGUUGUCUAUGUACGAUGGCAAAAUCGCAAUGCUUGGCAGAUGAAAGGAAGAAUUGAUGGAAUUCCUUUUUGGCAAUUCUAUCUUCUAAAGGUGUUUUCACUAGCUAAUGUGCUUAAUCAAGUUUGUCAUUGGCCCAACUCGGAACCUGUGUUCAAAUGCAAUGCAAUUAUAGCUGAUUUAUUGCCAAUGAAUUGUAUAGUGUUGACGAUAAGUUAAGAAGACAUUUCCAUAAACUGCAGAAAGAGACUUAAUUUGUUGCACUUCAGUUAGCUGUAUAAAAUAUAACACUUAAAAGCAAGAUUUGUAGUGGGAUUAUGUGUAGUACUCAUCAUUUUUCCAUACCAGUAUUUGGAACUGUUGAUUCCAAAUAUUAAACUAAUGUGCUAAUUUCAGGAAUAUCUUACUUGGUGCUCUUCUUCCCUUUCCUAAUCACCCCUCAACCUAUCCAAAUGUCCUGAUGUAGUCAAGAAGCCAAAACUUAAUGAAAUAUUUUGCAGAUACAAUCUUUUACUGCAACGUCAUUAAUUUCUCUCCAUUUAUUUGCAUAAUUAUGUACUCUGAACUUGAAUCUUUCCUCAUUUAUGGUUUCACUCCAAUCAAAACAGCUAUCUUCAGUAGAAAAUAGAUAAUGGAGCGUUAUUUAUGUAAGAAAAUGCUGCUUUAAUGUACUUGCUUUAUAAGAACAUUCAAACAUCACUGUUGAAUUAAAAAAAACUUGAUAAUUUCACUCGGUGAAAUCAUGUAACUUUUCAUUAAUACUGGAUCAGUACCUAUUUUACUAUGUUUGAAAUGUAUUUUAUUGUGAAGUAAAACAGGAUGAAGGUGAGAAAUAUUUGAGCUGUAUUUGCAGAUGGAGCUUAUUUAAUUUGCAUUGUCAGUACAACUUUAACAUUCUCAUAGCAGUACAUUUUCAAUGUUUUCAGGCCUUACCACAGCCUUGUUGUAAUUAUUGAGAAAUGUUUGUUGAUUUCAUUACUGAAACCCUUAUACCAAACAAAGCAUAGUUACACUGAACUUUUAACGAACUAAUUGUAAUGUAAAUUUGUUAUUUAUAUUACAAGCAAUGAUUUUUGUUAUUUUGUGAUAAAUGUUACAUUUCCUUUAUGGGUUUAACAGAUUGUAAUAUUUUGAUUAAAAACUGAAAGAACUGCGAAUGCUGUAAAUCAGAGACAAAAUAGAAGGUGCUAGAAAAGCUCAGCAGGUUUGGCAACGUCUGUGGAGAGAAAUCAGUUAAUGUUUUGGGUCAAGUGACCCUUUUUGGGAAUUAACAAUUAAUAAUCCCUGUCAAUUAGCAACUUGUUGCUGCAUAGUGAGAAACUCGCCAUGCCACUUGUGAAAAACAUAAAACAUGGUGUGAGUUGCUACUGUUGUUGAGAUUGGCCUGGUUGCAUAAAUUGCUGGAUUCUCCCAUGCAUCUCGCUACAACCCAGAUCUCGCAGACCCCUAUAAGAAACUACUAAUCAUCUCCUUUUGUAUGCCAGUAGUUUCUGCUCCAUUUCCUUCUCUCAUUAUCUGAAUCAAAGCACAUUUUAUUGGUUUCAUUCAGUUUGACUUUUUUGCUUAACCGUAUGUUUAAGAAUAUGAAAACAAAUACGCGCAUGGAUUACAUGCCGGUAAUAAUUUUCUUUUGCGUUUGGAGAAUGCCACAAAUCGUCUUUUUACAUGGAAACAUUUUUUCAUGUUUCAAAAGAAAAUACAGUGAAUUUUGAAGCAGAUUAAUUAUUUCAGCUAUGGUUUAUUUAGUUAGAAAAGAUGUCCUAAUGGUUUGCAUCUUAAGGUAAAGAAUUCAAUUUCUAACACCAAUAUGUAGCGGAUAGAAAGAGGCAAGUGGACAGAAUACAAACAAAAACAGAAAUUGCUGGAAAAGCUCAGCAGGUCUGGCAGCAUUUGUGAAAAGCAAACAGUUAAUGUUUCAAACUCUGAUCCUCCUAUUACUCAAGACUAUCUUUCCUUGUUCUAAUUUUAGUUCUUUAAUUAAUAAAAAGAACGUGGAGGGCAAGGCAUUGGAAGAGUAUAGGUGGGAACAAGUUCAGAUUGAGAGAUUGUCUGACUUCUCAUCAACUCACUUGUUGGAAAUAAAUAGGAAUGGGGAAGAGGGAAUGAAGAAUUAAAAACAUGUUGAGUAACAUCAGAAUGAUUGGAAAGCAAAUGCUUUAUCACAGUCAUACUUUUCCUGUGAUGCUGGUCACCUUUCCUCAUGGUCCCCUCCCAUUCUAGUGCCAUGAUAUUAACUAAGAUUUGUUGUAAUAUGUUCUGUUGUCACUUCAACAACUGGAGCUUGUAUCAGGAGGACUGUUGUUACAAAUAUUCCUGCUUGGAAUAUAAGAUUUGUUGGAUUCUCUUGGAAAAGAAAUGCAAGAAAAAUUGAUGAUAUAAGACAGAAGACCCACAGCUGAAACUUAUUCUAAAAAUUGGUAUUGGUUGAAAAUUCACUGAGGUUCGGCUAGAAAUUCUGCAGCUAGUGGGCACAACAAAUUUAAACAAGACCAUCUAUUGCAUAGAUAAUUUAUGAGCCAUUACAUGAAUUAGUUUUAAAACAAACUUAAAAAUCGGAACAUAAUUACUUAUGGCUGUGAAAUCGAAUCAAAACAAUGAUGAUAGUUGAUGGAUAACCAACAAUGGCUAUAGCAGAGUCUUUUUGUCACAUUGUGUUAUGCUAGCUCUCUCGCUUCCCUGCUCUUUUCAUAUAAUCCUGGAUAUUUUCUCUUCAGUUAUUUGUCUAGUUCUCUUUCGAAAUCUGUGGUCGAAUCUGCCCUAAUCUCUCUCUCAGGCAGUAGAUUCUGGAUUGUAGCCACUCGCAACAUAUUACAUUUUUACCUGUGUCACCUUUUGGCCAUUCUGCCCAUCAAGAUUUUGGCACUUAUCACCAGGGAUUCUUUGCAGACUGUUGGAUAGAUCCCUUUCUCCCAGUCUGGUAAACAACUGUUCAGUGUUGCUGUCUGUUUCCUGUCACUUAGCCUACUGUGUAUCUGGGAUCUGAUGGUCUUUGAGAAUAUGAAAAAAAAAUGACAUUGCUAAAUUAAGAUGCAGCUGCCUGGGUCCUAUGCUGUUUGUAGAACACUAGUUUCAAGUACCAAAGAAUACAGUGCAUUUUCGAUAUAUUUUGGCUUCAUCGAUGUUGCCCUUGCAGCAACAAGAAAGCAGUGCCAUUAUUGUUUAUGGGACCAAGUCAAGGAAGAAUGCUUUCCAUUCACUGUUGGUACCCCCAUGUUUAUAGGAACAUUUAUGGCUGCAUGAACACCUAUCACAGUUACCUUGCCCAACCCAUCUUGGAUUAGUGCCUGUUGAAUAUGCUAAAAUUAUGCAAAUGUGAUCUGGCCUUUCAGAUGAUUCCAGUGGGUGACCUUCCAACACGAUAGCCAGCGUCUUUGAGCAAUAGAAACUGUACAAUGUAACACGAAUACAGAGGUUUAUGUUAAUCUCUGUGGACAGAUGUUUCAAAAUUGUUAAAUAACACUUUUUUUCCAGUUUUAAUGAAAGUGUUGUUGGUUUUUGUUUUAUUUCUUAUUUCUUUAAAUUUUCAUUUAGAAAAGAUGCAGAUACUAUCAGAAAAUGAAACACGGAAAUUUAUAACUUUUAAUCUCAUCUGUGUCUUUCAUAA